AAUAAUUUUCUUAAGUGAAAAAAAAAAAAAAAAAAAAUCUUCAGCUUCCAGGGAAGGUAAAUUCAUUCUUCAUCAACUUCUUAUGUUCGUAUCAUCUCAGCUAAUCCACAGCGGCAACAGCCAUGGCUAACAGUCAGUUUGAACCCCCAGAUUCUUCCAGAACAUUGAUCCUUAACAAAUCUCCAUCUUUUGCCCUUGCUUCAGGCAUUGAUAAGAACAGACUUGCCUUGCUAGUGAAAGAAAAAAACUCUGCUUCUCUUGACCAGCUCGGUGGAGUUGAAGGUGUUGCCACCGCUCUCAGGACUGACUCAGAAAAUGGGAUCCGAGAUGACGCUGGGGAAGUUAGAAAAAGGCAGGACAUUUUUGGUUCAAACACUUACCAUAUGCGGCCGCCUAAAGGGUUGUUUUACUUCGUAGUGGAUGCUUUGAAGGAUACAACAAUUAUCAUCCUCCUGGUAUGUGCCGCUCUUUCUCUCGGAUUCGGAAUCAAAGAACAAGGCGUGCAAGAGGGCUGGUAUGAAGGUGGAAGCAUUUUUGUUGCUGUCUUUCUGGUGGUGGUGAUCUCUGCUUCGACCAAUUUCAGACAAGAAACUCAGUUCGACAAGUUGUCCAAAAUAAGUAACAAUAUCAAAGUUGAUGUUCUGAGAGGAGGUCGCCGCCAGUCGUUGUCCAUAUUUGAUCUUGUUGUCGGGGAUGUUGUGUAUUUGAAGAUCGGAGAUCAAAUUCCCGCUGAUGGGUUGUUCUUGACUGGACACUCCCUACAGGUGGACGAGUCAAGCAUGACUGGUGAGAGCGAUCAUGUUGAAGUUGACUCUAUUCAGAACCCAUUUUUGUCUUCUGGAUCAAAGGUGGUUGAUGGUUAUGCUCAAAUGCUGGUGGCAUCUGUUGGGAUGAACACCUCCUGGGGCGAAAUGAUGAGCUCGGUUAGCCGUGAUACCAACGAAAGAACUCCAUUACAAGCUCGGCUGGACACACUAACCUCCUCUAUUGGAAAGGUAGGCCUGUCUGUUGCUUUCUUGGUUCUAGUAGUAAUGUUUAUCCGUUAUUUUACCGGAAAUACCACAGAGGACAGUGGAUUUAAGAAAUAUAGCGGUAGAAAUACACGAUUAGCUGACAUUUUAGAUGCGAUAGUGGAGAUAAUUGCUGCUGCAGUCACCAUUGUGGUGGUGGCCAUCCCAGAGGGUCUGCCAUUGGCAGUUACUCUCACGCUUGGGUUCUCCAUGAAGAGGAUGAUGGCUGAUCAGGCAAUGGUCAGGAAGCUUUCUGCAUGUGAAACAAUGGGAUCGGCUACGGUUAUCUGUACUGAUAAAACAGGAACCUUGACAUUGAAUCAGAUGAAGGUCACCAAGUUCUGGCUCGGCCAGGAAUCCAUUGCUACAAAUUCUUCCAGCUCAAUUGCACUCAAUGUUCUUGAAUUGUUCCACCAAGGAGUUGGCCUGAACACGACUGGAAGUGUUUCCAAUUCUGUCUCAGGAUCUGAACGUCAGUUUUCUGGCAGUCCAACUGAGAAAGCGAUUCUUUCUUGGGCUGUGUUAGAUUUCCGUAUGGAUAUGGAAAGUUUGAAGCAGAAUUAUAGCAUAUUGCAUGUGGAAACCUUUAAUUCGGAGAAGAAACGAAGUGGAAUUUCCAUUAGGAAAAAGGCUGAUAACACCAUCCAUGUGCAUUGGAAAGGAGCUGCAGAGAUGAUUUUGGGAAUGUGUUCGAAUUAUUAUAAUAGUAAUGGGGAGGUAAGGUUGAUGGACAGAGACGGCAGAAAUGAAAUGGAGAAGAUAAUUCAAAGCAUGGCUGCUAGUAGCCUUCGUUGCAUUGCUUUUGCUCAGAAGCAAGUUUCUGAAGAAGAAAUGGAAGGCAAUGAUGGUGGAGGACACGCUGGCAGGAAGAUUAAAGAAGAUGGGUUAACCCUCCUAGGAAUUGUUGGUCUGAAGGAUCCAUGUCGGCCAGAGGUCAAGGAGGCUGUGGAGACUUGCCAAUUAGCGGGGGUGAGAAUCAAAAUGAUAACCGGAGAUAAUGUUUUUACAGCGAAAGCUAUAGCCACAGAAUGUGGAAUUCUGGGGUCAGAUAACAACAGCGAAGAAGUUGUAGAAGGUGUUGAAUUCCGAAACUACACAGCUGAAGAGAGAAUGCAGAAGGUAGAGAAUAUCAAGGUGAUGGCAAGGUCAUCUCCGUUUGACAAGCUUUUGAUGGUGCAAUGCUUGAAACAGAAGGGUCAUGUGGUUGCAGUUACUGGAGAUGGGACCAAUGAUGCUCCUGCUCUAAAAGAAGCCGAUAUAGGACUUUCAAUGGGCAUUCAGGGAACAGAAGUGGCCAAGGAGAGCUCAGACAUAGUCAUCCUCGACGAUAAUUUCACAACUGUGGUCACGGUUUUGAGAUGGGGAAGAGGAGUUUACAAUAACAUCCAGAAGUUCAUUCAGUUUCAGCUCACUGUCAAUGUCGCAGCUCUUGUGAUUAAUUUCAUUGCUGCUGUCUCUGCAGGGGAAGUUCCCCUCACUGCAGUCCAGCUGCUCUGGGUAAACCUAAUCAUGGACUCACUUGGUGCUCUGGCGCUUGCCACAGACAGGCCAACGGAGGAGCUAAUGAAGAAGCCACCAGUUGGGCGUGUAGAGCCACUUAUAACCAAUGUAAUGUGGAGGAAUCUCUUAGCUCAAGCUCUCUAUCAGAUAGCCAUCCUUCUGGUUUUACAAUUCAAGGGUGGAUCUUUGUUCAAUGUCAGCCCAAUAGUGAACGACACCCUAAUGUUCAACACAUUCGUUUUCUGUCAAGUUUUUAAUGAGUUCAACUCAAGGGAGCUAGAGAAACAGAAUGUUUUCAAAGGAAUUUUCAAUAACAGAUUGUUUCUCGGAAUCGUGGCGAUAACAAUCGUUCUGCAGGUGGUGAUGGUGGAGGUGCUGAAGAAAUUUGCUGAUACGCAGAACUUGAAGCCACGAUAUUGGGGGUUUUGUAUUUUGAUUGCUGCUUUUACAUGGCCAAUUGGUUGGGUUGUGAAGCUCAUCCCGGUCUCGGACGAACCAUUCCUUGGUUCCAUCGUCAGAAGGUCUGGACUCAUAUUUAGGCGAGCUAUCUACCUCAAGAAACACUCUUCUCCCAAGGAAGACAUUGGAAUGAAUCCAUGAAGAAAAUUGAGGUUCAAUAUAUAUGGACUUCAAGUUCUAUCAAAUGGGUUACUAAUGAAUUGUUCAAGAAUGAAAGUUGGGUUUUGAAAUCAUGUAAAAAUUGAAUAUGUGAGUUUUAUUACAAGAUUUGUAUCUAAUUUAAAAUUAAUUAAUUAUAAAUGAAGUAGCACUCAUUGAAUUUAAAAGCCGUUUGUUUUUCUGUUAUAAUCUAUCUUUAGUCUUUGUAAUGGAGACACUCGGGGAUUGCUCAAAACAUGAGUCGGGUAAAGUUAGGUUGUAUCUUGUAUAAUUAUUUAACUGACUCGGGUUAUAUUUAAAAUUGCU